AUGGCCGACAUCGAAAAAGCCCCGCAGUCUCAAGCUGUUGCUACUGAAAAUGAUGCUUCAUCAAAAGAAAUGGAAGCCUCAACUGCUGCCUCAGCCCUCAAAGUCCUUGUCAACUACGAUGGCGACGAGACUUGGACUGAGGAGGAGGAGGCCAAGUUGAUGAAGAAGGUAGACUGGAAGCUAAUGCCGAUUCUUUGCAUUACAUAUGGUCUGCAAUACUAUGACAAGGCCAUGCUUUCGCAGGCUGCGCUCUUUGGCCUUCGGACCGAUCUCGGCCUCAGUGGCGAUCGCUAUGCGUAUUCUGCAUCUAUAUUCUAUCUAGGCUUCAUCAUCGGGGCCUACCCUGCAAUGGCCCUUGCACAACGCUUCCCCAUCGAACGAGUGGCUUCCGGCAUAGUAACACUCUGGGGAAUAUGUCUCCUCCUGACCAUCGUCUGCAAGGACUAUCAAGGUCUGUACAUAGAGCGAUUUUUCCUGGGUAUGCUCGAGUCUGGUGUCAGCCCCAUGUUUAUGCUUAUCGUCGGCAUGUGGUACAAGAAGGCUGAGCAGGCAUGGCGCAUGGGGAUUUGGUACAGCUGCACCGGCUACGUUACAAUCUUCUCGCCCCUGGUCAACUAUGGCUUCGGCCUGAUUGGGGGUGGUGUGUCGUCAUGGCGGUACAUGUACAUCUUUGGAGGCAGCGUGACCAUCCUUUGGGGCAUUGCCCUCCUCUUCCUCCUGCCAACCGACCCCGUCAGCGCCAAGGGCUUCGAACCCCGUGAGCAGUACAUCCUUUCCGCGCGGCUGCGGGAAAACAACGCUGGUAUAAGGAACAGGAGUUUCAAAAAGGAGCAGUUGCUGGAGCUGUGCUUUGACGUUAAGUUCUGGCUCAUCUUUGCGCUUGCUUUCUUGUCCAUGAUUGCAAAUGGACCCAUCAGUGCCUUCGUUCCUAUCCCUGCAUCGCAUAUCACUAAUACGGAUGAGCAGAUCAUCAAUGGCUUUGGCUACUCAACUCUCAACUCCCUGCUUCUCACUAUUCCCAUGGGAUUCUACGGCGGCUCAAUCAUGCUCGUGCUGUCAUAUCUUGCGUACCGGCUGAAGAACUGCAGAACUUGGCUCAUAUUCGGGGCUCAGUGCGGCACCAUCUUUGCAUCUCUGCUGUUGUGGCUGCUGCCUCUGUCUGCCAAGGGCGGCCUGUUGUUCGCCUGCACCAUCUUGCCAUCAAUUGGAGGUGGGUAUGCCGUCCUGAUGGGUUUGCAGAUUGCCAACACGGCGGGCUACACCAAGCGGUCGAUCGCGUCGUCUGGGCUCUAUAUUGGCUACUGUCUAGGAAAUUUUGUCGGACCUUUGUGCUUCAAGUCCACAGACGCCCCUCGGUACCCAAUGGGCUUUCUGACAGUGGUGGUAACCAACGUCGUUGGCGCUCUACUGAUCGUUGUUUACCGCUACGUGUGUGUAUGGGACAACAAGCGUCGCGAUGCUGCUGGUAUCUCCGAGGGUUUCGACCAUGCUUACGCAGACGAGGGUGACGUGAAGAACAAGCAGUUCCGCUACAUUUUGUAAUGUUGGGUACCCGCCUGACUUGCC